AUGUCUCUUUCUAAAGGAGGAAAGAAGAAGAACCCAGGCCUCAAGCUCUCCAAAGAGGUCUUUGAUCAGCCCCCACCUGCAGCCGCAGCCCCCCCUCGAGAUCUGGAUUCCAAAGCCUGUGUUACCAUUGGAGAAAAGAACUUUGUUGUGAAGGCAGAUGACUUAGAGCAGAUUGGGGAGCUGGGUAGAGGAGCGUAUGGCGUGGUGGACAAGAUGAGACAUGUGCCCAGUGGGCUUAUCAUGGCCGUCAAGGAUCCGGCCACAGUGAACACCCUGGAGCAGAAGAGACUGCUGAUGGACCUGGACAUCUCCAUGAGGACCGUGGACUGCUUCUUCACGGUCACCUUCUACGGCGCUCUCUUCAGAGAGGGUGACGUGUGGAUCUGCAUGGAGCUGAUGGACACGUCUCUGGAUAAGUUCUACAAGCAGGUGAUCGAUAAAGGCAUGACCAUCCCUGAAGACAUCCUGGGGAAGAUCACUGUAGCGAUCGUCAAGGCUUUGGAGCAUCUGCAUAACAAACUGUCAGUGAUACACCGAGAUGUGAAGCCGUCCAACGUGCUGAUCAACACACAGGGCCAGGUGAAGAUGUGUGACUUUGGCAUCAGCGGCCACCUGGUGGACUCUGUGGCCAAGACCAUGGACGCCGGCUGCAAGCCCUACAUGGCGCCAGAACGGAUAAACCCCGACCUCAACCAGAAAGGCUACAGCGUUAAGUCAGACAUCUGGAGUCUAGGAAUCACAAUGAUUGAGCUGGCCAUUCUGAAGUUCCCCUAUGACUCGUGGGGUACACCCUUCCAGCAACUGAAGCAGGUAGUGGAUGAGCCCUCUCCACAGCUGCCCUCGGACCGCUUCUCCCCUGAGUUUGUGGACUUCAGCUCCCAGUGCUUAAGAAAGAAACCCAACGAGAGACCCGCCUACACAGAACUAAUGCAACACCCCUUUUUCACCCUGCAUGACUCCAAAGAGACGGACGUAGCCAGCUUUGUCAAGAUCAUCCUGGCAGACUGACAGGCCCCUCCACCCACCAGGGUAGGAGGUAGGCGGGACUUCUCCACCCACCCACCAAUCCAAGGCCUUUCAGAAAGCUCACUGGAAUUGAUCUGCCACACAACUCCAACUUUCUUUCCCCAAAGACUGACGCCAGCUCACAGAGGCCACGUGGGACAGCGCUUGUAAUAUGAACUCAAGAUGUUGAUGGUGUCCACCCAAACUGGAGAUGGUCAACUCACCCACGGGUCCAACAAACCUUUCCCUCCCUCUACUCCUACAAACUGAACUGAUUCAAACUCCUCACUGUACCAGUUUUCUGAUUGGACAGUGUCUGUCAGCAGGAAGAAAAUCUCUCUUUACACAUACUGUAUGUCCAUCACUCUGAAUUACACAGAAAGCCAAAAAGAAUUCGGUGAAAUGUGUUCGUCUCUGUAUAAUGAAUUGAAAAGAUAUAUAUUUUUCAUUUAUGCGUUUUUGUUUUUCCUGAUACAGUUUGUAAUACUGUAUAUUUUCAUCAAAUAUGAAUUUAAGGGUGUGUCUUUACUCUUUCUGAAUGGUAUCAUGAGGGGAAGAGGUGACCUACAUUUCUCGUCUCGACUUCUUGUGAUUGGUCAGUAAUGGGACGGCAGCUGCUGUCGUCGGGCAGGGUUUUGGGAGGCUCUGGAGGGGUCAGACUCAGUAAGUUUCUUUGUAGAGGGAAGUUCAAAGGUGAAAGCGUGACUGGGGGGCCCUGUACAAAAGGAAUUGCAAGUCCUACCUAGGUCUCUUUGGUGGCAUGGGAAUGCAAGGCAUCUGUUAUCAUCUGACCCUAUAUACAAUCCCCUCACCCAUCUGUAUACGCCCCUCUGCCCCGCCCCUUCCUAACCACCUGUAUACGCCCCUCUGCCCCGCCCCUUCCUAACCACCUGUAUACGCCCCUCUGCCCCGCCCCUUCCUAACCACCUGUAUACGCCCCGCCCCUUCCUAACCACCUGUAUACGCCCCUCUGCCCCGCCCUUCCUAACCACCUGUAUACGCCCCUCUGCCCCGCCCCUUCCUAACCACCUGUAUCUGACCCUCUGCCCCGCCCCUUCCUAACCACCUGUAUCUGCCCCGCCCCUUCCUAACCACCUGUAUACGCCCCUCUGCCCCGCCCCUUCCUAACCAUCUGCUCUGUCACCAAGAGUGCUGUAAAGAGUAUGUGAACAGUGUAUUCUCAUAUAGUACAUGGACUUGUAAUUGGGAGAUGAUAAUGUAACUAUCCAGACUCUGCUGUAUUUAUCUUCCAGUCCCUCCGAGCCGUUUUUAAAAAGCUGUAUUUUCAUUAUUCAUUGACUCUUAUCACUUGGUUUCCUGGAUGUGGUUGGGGGCUGCUGUUUAACCCAUUUUAACUUUUACAUUUGUAAUUUUUCUCAAUUUCCUUUUCCCGAGUGGCAGACAGGAGCGUGUCAGUAUGGUGUUUGGUCCCUGAAGCACAGAGGCCUACGAAGCCUCAUGCCUUUACACGGACAGGACGUCAGGGAACAUCAUUUAUGUGUGUUGAAGAUGUAAAUACUAUUUUGGACAACUUUUUUUUUCUCUUUUUAAAUGUAACGUUGGCAACGUGGCGGCAGAGAGGACGUGUGGUCGUGUGCUACGCGGCUGAUUUGAUGUGUUCUCGUUGGUUUUAAUGCAGUCGGUGUGUGAGAGAGGCAAACGCAGCCUGCUGACUCCUCCUGUAAUCAUCUGUUUGAUCGAUCUGCUGCAGCCACCUCUCAGGUUUCAAUGCCCUGCUUUAAGUCGGCGGAGGCGGCCAUGUUUAUUUCCCCACCAUGUUGUACCUCUCUUCAGCGCUGGGUUGCGUUCAUUAGGUGCCAUACGGAAGAAAACAAACAGUGAGGAACUAAUGUUCGGUUCCACGUUGCAAAAUGUUAGACGCUUCCCGUUGCAUGCCCCAAUGAACGCAACCCAUUAUGGUGGAAGACUACUAAUGUGUGAGGUCAUGCUAGGCUGUGAAUGGGUACCUGCCAUCUAGGCUUGAAUCCCAAAUCGACCCCCCCCCCCCCCCCCAAUCCCUAGACAAUCAUCUAGGUCUGAGACCGAUUUGGAGGUAUGAGCACUAUAACCAGGUGAAGUAAUCACCAUAUUGGUUACUGUUUCCACUCCAUACUUUCUAGAAGUGCCCUGGGGAGAAGGGAGGCUCUGGGUUGAUCUGGAACUCAACCCUCUGGACUCUGCUAUGCAGUGGCCCUCAGGUCUUCCAUCAGGACUAUGAGAAUCCUGCCAUGUGACCACCAGUGGUGGUGGUGGCACUUGCCCUUAGUGUUUUUAGAGUGCGCCCAAAAGGAUGCCCUAUUUCCUGUCUCUUCUUUCUAGGGAAGCGGGUGCCAUUUCAGACACAGCCCUGGUCUGUAACUGGUAAGCCUACCCGCUCUUCUCUCAGCCUCUCUGACGUACAUUGUAGUGGGCUUCUUAUCAAAGUUGGUGGAUGAGGAGUAUUUAUAAUAUGUGAGUAAAGAAGGGAAAGCAAAUAAAGAGCUGCUGUGAUUUGA